AUGGCACCAGAGGAGGAUUUAUCUCUAAAGUUGUCCCCACAGCAGGAGCAGCUCUACGGACAUGGAGACUUCGUAGCUCCGGAGGGUUUAUGCUGGCUGUCGGUGCUCUUCUGCCUGCUGCUGGCCUGCUCCUAUGUGGGUAGCUUGUACAUCUGGAGGAGCGACCUGCCCAGGGACCACCCUGUUGUGAUAAAGCGUCGCUUCACCAGUGUGCUGGUGGUGUCAGGCCUGUCUCCUCUGUUUGUCUGGGCCUGGAGAGAGCUCGCUGGGGUCAGGACAGCCCCUUCGUUGCUGGCUCUCAUGGGGAUCCGGUUUGAGGGCUUCAUUCCGGCCAUCAUAUUUCCACUACUGCUCACUAUGGUCUUGUUCCUGGGGCCCCUGACGCAGCUGGCCAUGGACUGUCCCUGGAGUUUCAUGGAUGGCAUAAGAGUAGCUUGUGACCCGUGGUUCUGGUCCCUGUGCUUCAGUGACAUGCGCUGGCUCAGGAACCAGGUGGUGGCCCCGCUGACGGAGGAGCUGGUGUUCCGCGCCUGCAUGUUGCCCAUGUUGGUGCCCUGUGCCGGGCCGCUCACCGCCAGCUUCACCUGUCCGCUCUUCUUUGGAGUCGCCCACUUCCACCACGUGAUCGAGCUGCUGCGUUUUCGCCAGAGCACGCUGUCGGGGAUUUUCUUAUCCGCAGUGUUCCAGUUCUCGUACACAGCGGUGUUCGGAGCGUACACGGCGUUCAUCUUUCUCCGAACAGGCCACCUGAUGGGCCCCGUGCUCUGCCACUCCUUCUGCAACUACAUGGGGUUCCCCGCCAUCAACGCGGCCCUGGAGCACCCGCAGCGCCACAUCGUGCUGGCCUCCUACCUCCUGGGCGUGGUCCUCUUCGUCCUCUUCCUCUUCCCCUUCACGGACCCCUCCCACUACGGACUGCCCACCCCGGUCUGCACCCUGGCCCCCCAGCCGAGCUCCCUGUGUCUGUCCUGA